CGGCCGCCGCCGCCGCCGCCCGCCGCCGCCUUGGGAGGGAGGGUGCUGGGUGCUGCUUCCUUUGCCGGACUGAGGUGGACGCGGGGAUGGCGAAGCACACGGUCUCCUCCGCGCGCUUCCGCCGCGUCGAUGUGGACGAGUAUGACGAGAACAAGUUCGUGGACGAGGAGGACGGCGGGGACGGGCAGGUCGGGCCGGACGAGGGCGAGGUGGACUCGUGCCUGAGGCAAGGAAACAUGAUGGCAGCCUUACAGGCAGCUCUGAAGAAUCCUCCAAUUAAUACAAAGAGUCAAGCUGUAAAGGAUCGUGCAGAAAGCAUUGUCCUGAAGGUGCUCAUCUCUUUCAAAGCUAAUGAUAUUGAAAAAGCAGUGCAAUCUUUGGAUAAAAAUGGUGUUGAUCUAUUAAUGAAAUAUAUCUACAAAGGUUUUGAAAGUCCAUCUGACAACAGCAGUGCUGUCUUGCUGCAGUGGCAUGAAAAGGCUCUUGCUGCUGGAGGUGUAGGUUCCAUUGUCCGUGUCUUAACUGCCAGGAAAACCGUUUAAGUCCAGCGAAAAAAACCCUUCUGCCAUGGGUGUGGGAAAUGCUGGUACAAGACCAAAAAAACCAAUUGGCAUCACUGCCCUGUGGGUAGCUUCUGUCUCUCUCGGCUUGCCUUUUCGCUUUUUCAUAUCUGUGGCUUAAUAGACAUAUCAAACUUUUUUUUGUUAAAUGUUGGAUAAAUAGAGAAAUGAAAUUUUGUUUUUAAGAAGAUAACCACAAAGCAUUUUAAUAACAAAUGCAAGUUUUUGCAUUGGAUUUACAUUUUCAGAAAAUCGUGACAAGACACUGCCUUUCCCUCUUCAGAUAGAUCUUCUGAGCAGAUGGUGGGGAUUGAGGUCAGUGUUUUAAAUUCCCUAGCUAGUCAGGCAGCAUUCCAUGUAAACUGUUGCAGGUGGGACCACUUAAAAUUGAAAAAAAAAACCCAGGACCUUGCAUUUUUUAGUCAAAUGCUAAAACUUACACCACUUGGCAAAGGUCUGUGGAAAGGUUUAUGCGUUGUUGUGUAAAUGAUUUUAUAACAAUCGAAUGCAACCCAUCAUUACAGUUACUGCCUUUGUGAUGAGUUAUUUAAAGAAAGGAACAGGGCAUUUGGGGGUUGCUCAGCUUAACAGUGGCCUCUUGAUAAUGUAGUAAGUGUAGAGGAGUGUUAGGGCAAAACUACACAUUUCACCUGACUGGGGCUGCUGCCAAAGAACUUCUCUCUGGGUUGAGAUUUUCCCUCAGUCUCUAACUUAAGUUACCUCUUGCACCAUCCUCUGAUACUGUGUUUUCCUGCCUCCAUAGCAAGACAUAAAAGUUGCAGUGAGCAAAAAAUUUGUCAUGAUAUCAGAAUGUGGGACAACAGAUUCUACAUGUUAUAUGGGAGCAGUGGGAGAAAUGUCACACAGGGAUGCUAAGUUGGUAUUGUCCCACUAGCAAUUUAAUAUAUAGUUUUAUCUGAAAAUGCAGACAUUCCUUGAUCAGUAUUCAGGUACUGAAUUUUGCUCUUAAUAUGGUCAUGUUCCGUGUUGUAUUAAGAUGAUGUUGAUCAGGGAGAAAAAAGUAACAACAGUAAAGCAUGAAUUUCCUAAAAGAUGUAGAGCAUUCCAGAGUGAAAGCAAGUUGAAUGUGACUUUGGAGCAAAACUAACUAGUAUAUUUCAUGUACAUUUGAUGCCAAUUUUGUAUCACAAAAUUGGUAAGGAAUUAUGAAGAUUUUGCUCAUUUUUAUAUCUGCUUUUUUUUGUAAAAUGAAAAAUAAUAAAAUGGUCACUGUUAAAUAUU